UCUCCGAGCAGUGCUGCAACAUCCAGCGCGUCCGGGCUUCAUCCUCUCCGUGCGCGUGUCCUGUGUGUGUGUGUGUAUGUGUAUGUGUGAGUGUGUAUGAGUGUGUUAGUGAGUGUGUGUGAGUGUGUCCAUCUGCGGGGACGCGAUUAUUAUCAUCACAGCACAGGAGUGUAAACACGGAGAGCCGACAUGUCUGUAGCGAACGACUUCGGGAAUCCGUUACGGAAAUUUAAACUUGUGUUUUUAGGAGAACAGAGCGUUGGAAAAACGUCCCUGAUCACACGGUUCAUGUAUGACAGCUUCGACAGCACUUACCAGGCCACCAUUGGGAUCGACUUCUUAUCAAAAACCAUGUACCUGGAAGAUCGAACGGUGAGGUUACAGCUGUGGGACACGGCGGGACAGGAGCGCUUCAGGAGCCUCAUCCCCAGCUACAUACGAGACUCUACUGUGGCUGUGGUGGUGUACGACAUCACAAAUGUGAAUUCCUUUCAGCUGACCUCCAAAUGGAUCGAUGAUGUCAGGACGGAGAGAGGAAGUGAUGUCAUCAUCAUGCUGGUCGGCAACAAGACAGACUUGGAGGAGAAGAGGCAGAUCACUAUCGAGGAAGGAGAGCAGAGAGCUAAAGAGCUGAACGUCAUGUUCAUUGAGACGAGCGCUAAAACCGGCAGCAAUGUCAAACAGUUGUUUCGGCGAGUAGCUGCUGCUCUACCCGGAAUGGAGAAUCUGGAUGAAACAAACAAGGAGGGCAUGAUCGACAUCAAGCUGGAUAAAGCUCAGGAGCCUCCUGUCAGCGAGAGCAGCUGCUCAUGUUAGUACAGCGCCCCUCAUGGAAACCUCCACUCACACAACUGCUCGUUCUGUUGCUUCCUGUGGCUCAGCAUCCCAACUGGACACAGGCUACGUCUGACUGAACUGAAAGUGAUCAAAGCUCUCUCUCUCUCUAUCAAAAAAAAAAAAAAUCACAUCAACCCAUCAAUUCAGUACCAACAUAACGUAAAUAAUAACUACAAGCCAGAGCUGUUAGAGUGAUAAAGGACAAAAGUGAUGCGAUUAUAUUGUUUAAUGACGCGUUUAAAAGGUUCAGUAGUUCACAUGAAAUAAGAUCCAGGACAGGAAGUUGACAGCAGUGCUUAGGGUCACGUCUUUACUCUCACAAUGCAUGUAGGCUGAGUUCUUAAGUCAGUCACAUCAUCUGAUUCCCUGCACAUCGUUAGAAGUUACUUAAAAGACCUCAGCUGGCCGCUUUAAUCUUAAAAAUGCGAUAAGGAAUCAUCUUGCACUGAUUGGAUGAUUUAUUUCAACCAAUAAUGAAAUUCUCUUUUGCAUGUUUUGUCUGCUUCUGUAAAUUAAAGUAGCGCUGUUCGAAAAGUCCGAUGCAUUUUAUUCGCGCUGAGUGUCCACGCUGAGGUCUGCCACGCUGUACUGUAUUGUAAAUAGUAUUUCUAUUAUCAUGAUUAAUAUGAACACCCAUCAUUAGACUUGAUAUGUGUGUUUGUAUGUGUGCGUGUGUAUGUAAAAUUCCUUUUUCGAUUUAAUAAGGGCUUCACUCCGUUUGGUUCUCUUCGACACCAUUUAUGUUUUCUUCCAUUUCAGCUCCAAUAUCAAAGAAUGUAGACAAAGAGAACAAUUAAAUACUCUUAAACCCACCCGAUAAUUAAGGAAAAAUCAGUCUGCAAUUAGGAUUAAAUAAAGAGACUCAGAGCUACGGUUCUGUUUAUUUUAACUAAAUAGUGUGUCGAAAUUUGAUUCGCAAACAGUAGAGGAAAAGCCAAAUGUUAAGGAUUUGGUACAGACAACUGGCAUAUCAAAGACUCCUGGCCACCAGGGGGUGCUGCAAGAAUUUAUUGUAAUUUUUUUUGGCCAUUUAGACUUUCACUGGGCGUCCCCUAGUCGCCUGCAGUAGGAUGGCGGUAGUUCAGUUUUAGUUACACCUAACAUGCAUGUUUAUCUUGACUUUUGUCAGAAGUCGUCUAGCUAAGGUAGGUGGGUAGGUAGCAACAUCCUACAUACUUGCAUGUCUUUCUUUGUUUGUAACGAUGAGUUGAUUAGUGAGUUUUCUUAAGAUAUCAAAUUUGUUCAUUGAGUAAAAACAUUCAUUAGCUUAACUUUUUGUAUUUGGGUACAUUAGCCAUCUAGCAGUAAUGUCCUAUAACUUUAGAGCGCUAUAUAUGUUAGCAAUGAAAUACAUCAUGGAUGGUGAAGAUGGUAAGAGCUGCUAGGACUGACUGAACAAAAUUAACUAAAAUACUAAUGGUGUUCAAGUAUUUUUAGUUCGCUUUCUCUUUAGCUGAUUUACUUUAUUUACCAAUUAAAUUUAGCAAAAACAAAAAGUUAGGAUUUUGGGAAGACAGUCAUUUAAUAUCUAAUGUCUAUUUAGUCAAGUUAGCUAGCAAUAAAGUCCUGUGGUAAUUGUAGCUAGUGAGCUAGUUAUGCAUUGUGAACUUCAAGCUGCUAAUACCUAGGCUAAGUCCUAAUACCAAUUCACAUAUCAAGGGUGACUUGUUAUUAGCGACUCGUACACACAACAAAAACAGUUGCUGAAAAGUGAGCUUUUUAUACUUUUAUUUCUGCUAAACAUUUUUAUGUUUAAAUCUGGAAAAGGGAGAAGUAAGUUAAAGAAAAAGUAAGUUAGUAUUUUAUGUAAACAUUCAUCUAGAGAAAGCUCUGAUUAACAAAGAUAGCAAACAUUUAGAUGCUAUCAAACAGCUAGUUUGAAAAAAAUAGCAUGUUGAUUAAACAUUAAGGACAGUCACACAUCAGGAGACAGUUCCAGUUGGCUAAAAGAUUCUGUGAACAUUUUAGCUAGCUUAGUUGUCAGUGUCAGUUGGCUAAAAGAUUUUGAGAACGUUUAAGCUAGCUAAGUUUUUGCUAAGAUCGUCAUCUAGCUUAAAUAUAUAAAAUGUGAAAAGGUGUCAGAUUUCAAUUUUGUACCCGUUUUCUUUUAUUUACAAAGAAAAAGAAGCUAGUCAAAUGAAGACAAAAACAUGGCUAACUUUAUCAUACAGCAACAUUUACCUCAGGUUAGCAUGAGCUACGGUGUGCCUGGGUUGAAGGAUUUGAAAGUUUUUUGUACUAUUUUUUUUUUUUUUACUUUCUUUAUUGUUGUAUUUGCACCAGUGAUCUUUUACUUAUGUUGCACUUUGUUUCAGUGUCACAAAGUUAAACAAAAUGUAAUGAUUAGCACCAUGUUGAGCACACUGGAGAAUAAUCAAGACGAUCACUGUUAGUCAGAUGAAUGUUAGGGCUCUUAGGAUCACAGAGAAUGUAAGAAAUAUCGCCGUGGGUCACGUCCACGCUGUAAUAUUCAGGUUGUUGCACCGAUACGUUAAAGGAAUGUGAAAUGUUUAUUUACUUACCACACUAGUAAUAGUAUCUUUAAUGUUUUACAUGUAUUUACACUGUUGUCUUAAGUUGACCUAAAUGCACUGACACCACUGUGUGUAUAUAAAUAUAUAUAAAAAAACAUUUAGUAUUUAAUUUCAACUACAGUAUAUUAUAUUGGGUUGUUUAGUCAGGCUGAUAAUAGAUAAGAUAUUUGCAUUUUCGAAAUGGCCGCCGGUACAAUGGUCAUCAGGAAUUAUUAGGAAAUCUGUAAUAUUGUAUUUAUGAGCGCAGCGGACAAUUAAAGGAAAGCUGUUAAAGUAAAUAGAGUUUAGAUUAACCUUUUUAUGUAAAGGAUCAUCUGUCAUGUCUUAAUGUGUCCAUAUUUAACCUGAAGCAUUGAACUUUUACAUUUCACUUUUUCUUGUGACACUAGUGUGCCUUCUUUUAAUCUAACACCAAAAUGCAAGUGUACGCCAACCUACGUGUGUGUCGUGUUCAAAUGGAAGCCUGAUACUCUAGGUGUGAACUAGCUACGGCCGAUGUUAACGAUUUUCCUAGCCACUAUGUAGUCAUUAGGUUGUUUAUAAAUAUGAUACAAUGAUGGAAACGACUCCAGAUUAUCAGGAAGCCCAACAUUUCUCUCAGAUGUGUUGAUAAAUUCCUAAGAAAAUACUUAGGAAUGAAGAAACUACACCGUAUUUCACUUCGCAUCACCUUUUAAACAAAGAAGGAUGCAUUAAUUACGAUUACCACAAGAGGGAGUUUGGAAACACAGUAGGCUUCCAUCUGAACACAGCGCCAGACACACAAGGAUCGCUCGUCAUUUCUGAAGCGUAACUGAUUGAUCUAUUUGUGAGGUGUGUUUUCAAGACACACCAACAAGAUGAAGAGGCAGGUUUCCAGGUUAAAGUGUUUAGUUUUUUUUUUUGUUGUUAAUGUACAGUCAGUGCAGGGCCGUUAUCGGACCUGACGGUGUGGGGUCGAGCUGAACACUACAGUUCAUUCUGUAAAGCCAUUAAUAAGCAUGACAUCUGUCUGAAAAGAUUAAUAAACUCUGUGUUAAAAUCACACACUGA